GAAUUUCUAGUGAACAGAUAGCCGACACUGAGCGGGGUUUUAGUUAUCGGCAAGAUGCCCCUCUUGAUAUGCGAAUGGACGAGCGAAACAAGUUAACUGCCCAAGAUAUAGUUAACUUUUAUAGUUAUCAGAAGUUGCUAAAAAUUUUUUCGGACUAUGGCGAGGAAAGAAAGGCUAAAAAAAUCGCCGAACGAAUUUGCCAGUAUCGGAGAAAAGAGAAAAUUACUACUACUCAACAACUAGUGAAAAUUAUCGUUGGCUGUCAAACUGCCAAGUCUAAAAAACAUCCGGCUCGCCGGGUUUUUCAAGCUCUACGGAUUGCAGUUAAUCAAGAAUUGGUUGUUACUAAAAAACCUCUGGUUGCCUCCGGUCAAGAAGUAAACGAAAACCGUCGUGCUCGUAGUGCUAAAAUGCGGUGUAAAAAGUUAGUAGGUCAAGCGUCAAUUGAGGAAGAACCGGAAGAAGAAGUUACUGAAAUAACAGAAUUGGGUGAAAAGUUGAGUGAAGAGUUACUGCAAAUAAUAGAAGAAAGGUUUAAGCAAAUAGAAGAAAAUAUAUUACGAUUUGAAAAAAUUGUUUGA